AUGGUGCAGCUAUUUAAAUAUUUAUUAAAAUCGACCAAAUCACCAGCACGUGCACAUUUUCGUCCCAGCUUUUUAGACACAUUGCGUCUAACAGUGCGUGGUGGUCAUGGCGGGAAUGGCUUACCCAAAUAUGGUGGCGUAGGAGGUCAAGGUGGCUGCGUCUACUUUGUGGCAAAAGAAGGCCUUACAUUACGCAAAUUAGCCCAAAAUAUGAAAGACAAACGUGUAGUCGCCUCCAACGGCGAGGACAGCAGCAAAGUGAGCAUAUUUGGACAACGCGGCGUCGAUCAGCGCAUUGAGGUGCCAGUGGGCGUGCAGAUUUAUGAUGAACAGCAGAAACUGUUGGCCGAUUUGAAUGAACCGGAUGCCAAGUGUAUAGUAGCUGGCGGUGGUACAGGUGGCUGCACGGGAAAUAAUUUCAUUGGACGCCCUGGCGCACACCGCACAGUAAAUCUGGAUUUGAAGCUAAUAGCCGAUGUGGGCCUGGUUGGAUUCCCCAAUGCCGGCAAGAGCACAUUUCUUAAGGCCAUAUCUAAUGCUAAGCCAAAGAUUGCAGCAUAUCCCUUCACCACCAUACGUCCACAGAUUGGCACUAUAGAGUACAGCGAUCUACGUUCAAUUACCGUUGCUGAUCUGCCCGGUCUUAUAGAAGGCGCCCACGCGAACUUUGGAAUGGGACACAAGUUUCUUAAGCAUAUAGAACGCACACGCUUGCUUCUCUUUAUGGUGGAUAUCUUUGGUUUCCAACUAAGUCCACAGCAUCCACAUCGAGAUUGUUUAGCGAACAUCUACGCGCUCAAUAAGGAGCUAGAGCUAUAUGAUCCUACGCUGCUGGAAAAACCCUGCGUUUUGCUGCUUAAUAAAAUGGACAAGGAAGGCGCACAGGACUUACUUUCUAAGCUGAAACCUAGCAUAACUAAUCUAGAAAGUGGGCUGGAGCAUUGCCCAGAGGAAGUACGCCCCAGUCGUGUAUUGAAGUUUGAACAUAUACUGCCCAUUUCGGCGAAGAAUUCAGUGCGUGUAACGCAUGUAAAAAAACAGCUGCGUCAAACACUGGAUGAAUUGGCUGCAGAGCAUCAACUGGCUGACACGGAGCUGAUAAAGCAUCAACUGAAGCAACGUGUGGGUGUUAGAGGGCCAAAAAUAACAUAG